AUGGGCGCGAAGGCCGGGGCCAUCAUCGCGCCUCGUCAGCGGCCGUCGGGCGGUUGGCUGCGGCGGCUGGGGCAGAACAGGCGUGUGUCGAGGGCGACGUGCGAGUGCCAGUGCGAAAGCCGGGAGGAGUGCGCCAGAAAGGAAAGGCGUGCGGCGAGGACGACGACGAGAGCAGAUACACGCGCGGCGGGGCAAAAGACUGAGCCUGGCGUCACCGCGCUCGUCCCGCCAACGUCCUCCCUCCACACGUGUCGUGACGUCACAUCCCCCAUCGAGGGCGCGUCUCGCGGGCGUCCUGCUCGACGCGGCGGGUCACUCGUCGCCAGCUCGCCGGAUACACCGUGCCGGGCACAGCGCAUGCACCCCGCGGGUCAUCAUGACGUCGCCGCGCACACAGGUCCCUCUUCUGGCUCACGCGACAGCAGCCCGCCGUGCAUUUAUCCUCCAUCCGUCCACGCUCGUCGGCUCCGCAGCCAAUGGCAGGCCCUGCAGUCAUCCUGCGCGUUCUCAUCCUUCCACGAUCGCAAAUGCCCCAAUCCACAGACGAUCGUUCAAUGGCGCCCUGCUUUCACACCACUCCGCUCUUCUCUCAAUGGCGACGCCUUCGUGUCCUCCCUCCUCACCAUAUACCAGUAG